UACAAGUGGGCGUGGUGGUAUUUAUUUAUUUCACUCGCCUCUUCUUUCUCAUGGAGAUUCAAAAACCCAACACCAUCAUCAUAGCAGCCGAAAAUCUCUCAAAAACCCAAUCUUUUUUAUCCAAUCAUGGCCACCGUUGCUGCAGAUCAAGCUGCCAAUUUGCUGAAUAAUUUAUCGUUGGAUCAAUCGAAAACAUUGGAAGCCUCAGAGCCUGUUAACAAGCCCUCUGUUGACUCAGAGGUCAAUGGGACUGGUCAAAGUCAAAGUCAAAGUCUUGAUAGGUCUCUUACACCAGUGAUCCCUGAUAUUAUGGAUCCAGCAGUGGCUUAUUUUCCUGCUUAUUACUAUGGAGGUUAUGAUGGGGCUGCUAAUGACUACUCAAGAUUUUUAAACUUUGAUGGAGUUGAUACGUCUCAACAGGGUGUUUACGGGGAAAACGGGUCAGUAAUGUAUCCUGGUUAUGGUUAUGCACCGUAUGGCCCAUAUUCUCCUGCCGGUUCACCCGUUCCAACUACGGGUCAUGAUGGUCAACUCUAUGGAGCUCAACAAUACCAAUACCCGAGCCCAUACUUUCAACCCGUGGCUCAGACCAAUGCCCCUUCUAAAGUUGAUUUCACCAGAUCUGCAGUACCUGGCGAACCGUCAUUUACGGUAGACACAACCGCCAGUGGAAUCACCAAGGGAAACACUGGUGCUGCUUCGGUCCGACCAGUGGCGAAUCAGAAUCCGGUAUUUAGUUCAAGUGGAUCGUAUGACAGUGGUUCGCAAAAUGUGUUUCAGGAUCCAAUAUACCGGUUUGAUGGGGUCCACUCUCCAAUUCCGUGGUUAGACGGUACAGUUUAUUCUAAUGGGCAGCAUAGAAGCAAUACCAAUUCUGUCCCUUUGUCAAGUGCAAAUGGUUUUGCAUCAAAGAAUCAAAACAUCGGUUCUCAUUCUCAUCUUGUGAGUCCAAGGCCAUUGUCAGCCGUAAAUACAGCAAGUGGAUAUAUGAACAGAGUGUAUCCAAACAAGUUAUACGGGCAGUACCAGGGAGCAUACGGGUCGGGUUUUGGAUAUGGAUCCAAUUCUUACGGGUCACAAAACAGGCAGGGUUGGUUAACCCUCGAUAACAAGUACAGGUCUAGAGGACGAGGCAACGGUAUCUUCAAUUAUUACAAUGAAAACAGUGAUGGGCUAAGUGAGCUAAACCGAGGCCCACGAGCCCGGAUCACCAAGAACCAAAAGGUCCCAACACGAGUGACUGUAACUACCAAGGGGCAAAAUGAUAAUUUGCCAGAUACCGUCGAAAAAAUUACGCUAUUUGCAGCUCCUGACAGAGAACAAUACAACCGGGAGGAAUUUCCAGAAACGUUUACAGAUGCAAAGUUUUUUGUUAUUAAAUCAUAUAGUGAAGACGAUGUUCAUAAAAGUGUCAAGUACAAUGUAUGGUCGAGUACACAAAAUGGAAAUAAAAAACUCGAUGCUGCAUAUCAGGAGGCCCAACACAAACCCGAUAAAUGCCCCGUUUUUCUUUUCUUUUCAGUCAAUACAAGCGGUCAAUUUGUUGGUGUUGCCGAAAUGGUAGGCCCGGUUGACUUCAACAAAAGCUUGGACUACUGGCAACAAGACAAAUGGGUUGGUUAUUUUCCCGUUAAAUGGCAUAUUGUUAAAGACGUACCGAACAGUAUGUUGAAGCAUAUUAUUCUUGAAUACAAUGAAAAUAAGCCUGUAACCAACAGCAGGGACACCCAAGAGGUGAAGUUAGAGCAGGGAUUGCAGAUGAUCAAAAUAUUCAAAGAUCAUUCUAGCAAGCGAUGCAUAUUAGAUGAUUUCGAGUUUUACGAAGAACGACAAAAGAGAAUUCAAGAAAAGAAAGCAAAACAACAGUUUCAGAAACAAGCAUGGGAAGAAAAACCAACCUUAGUUGAGAAAAACAAAGAGGAGGUUCCUGCACCAGAUUUGGUAAAGGAAGAGGUCAAACAUACUGAUAAUGUAUCAUUUGAUAAAGCAAUAUGAUAUAGCAACAGAUAGAAAGUGUACCAAAUUAGAAGCCAAAUCUGUAGUGUUUUAGGUUUUUAACAUUUUUUAUACCUUUUAUCUGUGUUUGUGAAUCAUCUUUCUUUAAUUUUGUUUUGUUGUUUUUGUGGUC